UUUUGCACGGACAUACGGGAUGAGGACUCCGACUGCAAUUCUCCUGAUCCUCUUUCUCCUCUUGGUGCUCUUCCGGGCGCGCGUCGACGGCUACCGGCCGGUCAUCAUCGUGCAUGGCAUCUUUGACGGACCCAAGCAGUUCCAAACGCUGACUCUCUUCAUUAAUGAGACACAUCCUGGCACCGAGGUGACGGUGGUGGACUUGUACAAGCACAUGUCUAGUCUCAAGCCACUGUGGAAGCAGGUACAAGACUUCCACCGCGCCAUUGAGCCCAUCAUGGAGAAGGCUCAGGACGGCGUACACCUGCUGUGCUUUUCUCAAGGUGGUCUAAUAUGUCGAGCCCUCCUUUCCACAACCCCCAACCACAACAUCCACAACUUCAUCGCGCUGUCAUCGCCCCUUGCUGGCCAGUACGGAGACACGGACUACCUUCAGCAGGUGUUUCCUGGUUGCGUGAAGGACAUGAUCUUCCUGGUUUGUUACAACAGAGUGGGACAGAGGGUGUCUAUUUGCCAGUAUUGGAACGAUCCUCACCAUAGGCCCAGUUACUUGAAAAACAACAAAUUUCUCCCAGUCCUCAAUGGCGACACACCUCAUGACAAGAUUAAAUCCUGGAGGGAGAACUUCCUACACAUUAAGAAGCUGGUGUUGAUUGGUGGACCGGACGACGGCGUCAUCACUCCAUGGCAGUCCAGUCACUUUGGAUUCUAUGACAGCAAGGAGCGCGUUGUCGAAAUGAGGAACCAAGAGUUUUACAGGAACGACACCUUCGGACUGAAGACGCUUAGCGCUCGCGGCGACCUGUCGUUGUGCCUCUACUCUGGCGUCAAGCAUAUGCACUGGCACUCCAACUUCACCGUGUUCACUAACUGCAUUGAGAAGUGGCUUACUUGA